CGUAGUCGUGUCCAGUUUCGUCCCCCAGGUCUCUUCCCCCAUAGUCUGCUUUUAACCUGUUCACCAUCAAUCUCCCACAUUCAAACAUCCAUCCUCAAAUGCUAAGGCUCUUGCGCCGAACUUGUCCGAUUGCACACUAGCCCGAGGUCGACGUGCAUUUCUAUCUAAAACCUUCAAUUACCGACGACUUUUUGACUUGUCCACCUACCUCACGACUUUCUCUCCCACUCCCACUCUCUCCCUCUCUCUCUCACACACACUCCAUCAGAUACCCCCCGGCUCCAUUUCUCACCUCUUUUUCCUCUGGUGGUAUUUGGUCUUCUCUCUCUUCUCUCUCGUACAUCUCUCUCGUCUUUCUCCCAAUAACGGGCAGUCUCGCGCAGUCCGUCAGAAACCAUGGCUGAACAGCUGCGAUUCGACGGCCAGGUGGUUGUCGUCACCGGUGCCGGAGGUGGCCUCGGCAAGGCUUAUGCUCUCUUCUUCGCGUCCCGUGGCGCCAGCGUCGUCGUCAAUGACCUCGGUGUCUCCUUCAAGGGCGAGGGCGGCUCAUCGAAGGCCGCCGACGUCGUCGUCAAUGAAAUCAAGGCUGCCGGCGGAAAGGCCGUUGCCAACUACGAUUCCGUAGAAGAUGGCGACAAGAUCAUCUACACGGCCAUCCAGGCCUUUGGCCGCAUCGACAUCCUCAUCAAUAACGCCGGUAUCCUCCGCGACGUCAGCUUCAAGAACAUGAAGGACCAGGACUGGGACCUCAUCAACAAGGUCCACGUCAGGGGCACCUACAAGUGCACUCGUGCCGCCUGGCCGCAUUUCAGGAAACAAAAGUUUGGUCGCGUCAUCAACACCGCUUCGGCUGCUGGUCUCUUUGGUAGCUUCGGUCAGACCAACUACUCGGCCGCGAAACUCGCCAUGGUCGGCUUCACCGAAACCCUAGCGAAGGAGGGCGCCAAGUACAACAUCCUCUGCAACGUCAUUGCUCCUAUUGCCGCCAGCCGCAUGACCGAGACGGUUAUGCCUCCCGAGGUCCUCAACAACCUCAGGCCCGAGUGGGUCGUUCCCCUUGUCGCUGUCCUCGCCCACAAGAACAACACGGACGAGUCUGGCUCCAUCUUCGAGGUCGGCGGCGGCCACGUUGCCAAGCUGCGUUGGGAGCGCUCCAGCGGCCUUCUCCUUAAGGCCGAUGAGACCUACACCCCCGGUGCCAUCAUCAAGAAGUGGGAUCGCGUGACCGACUUCUCCGAUCCCCAGUACCCCUCGGGACCCAACGACUUCCUGACAUUGCUCGAGGAGUCCAUGAAGAUGGGCCCCAAUGACCCCGGCGAGAAGCUCGACUUCACCGGUCGUGUCGCUCUCGUCACUGGUGGUGGAGCUGGCAUUGGAAGGGCUUACUGCCUGGCUUUCGCCAAGCACGGUGCCUCGAUCGUCGUCAACGACCUUGCCAAUCCCGACGAUGUUGUCAACGAGAUCAAGAAGAUGGGCGGCAAGGCUGUGGGCGUCAAGGCCUCGGCCGAGGACGGUGAUGCCGUUGUGAAGGCCGCUAUUGAUGCCUUCGGUCGCAUCGAUAUCGUGAUCAACAAUGCCGGCAUUCUCCGCGACAAGGCCUUUAACAACAUGGACGAUAGCCUGUGGGAUCCCGUCAUGAACGUUCACCUUCGCGGCACCUACAAGGUUACCAAGGCCGCUUGGCCUUACUUCCUGAAGCAGAAGUACGGCCGUGUUGUGAACACCACUUCGACCAGUGGUAUCUAUGGCAACUUCGGACAGGCCAACUACGCCGCCGCGAAAUGCGGUAUCCUAGGGCUCUCUCGCUCUCUGGCUCUCGAGGGCGCCAAGUACAACAUCUAUGUCAACACCAUCGCUCCCAACGCAGGCACAGCCAUGACCCGGACCAUCAUGCCCGAGGAAAUGGUCCAGGCUUUCAAGCCCGAGUACAUUGCGCCUAUUGUUCUCGCUCUGUGCAGUGAUCAGGUGCCCAAGAAGCCCACUGGCGGUCUCUACGAGGUGGGCAGCGCCUGGGUCGGUCAGACCAGGUGGCAGAGGACUGGUGGCCACGGCUUCCCCGUCGAUGUGCCGUUGACCCCCGAGGAGGUGCUCAAGUACUGGGGAAAGAUCCGGGACUUCGAGGACGGCCGGGCCGAUCAUCCCGAGACGCCGCAGGACGGUCUCAAGAAGGUCAUGGCGAACAUGGAGAACAGGAGCCAGAAGCAGACUCAAGCAUCCUCUUCGGACCACGACGGUGCGAACUACCUCGCCGCCAUCGACGCUGCCAUCAAGGCGGAACCCAAGCCGACCGAGUUCGUCUACACGGACCGUGAUGUGAUGCUCUACAACCUAGGUAUAGGCGCGAAGCGCACCGAGCUGAAAUACGUCUUCGAGGGCGCCGACGACUUCCAGGUGAUCCCCACCUGGGGCGUCAUCCCUCCUUUCAACGUCGAGACCCCUUACAACUACGACGACAUCCUUCCCAACUUCUCCCCCAUGAUGCUCCUCCACGGGGAGCAGUACCUCGAGAUCAAGAAAUACCCCAUCCCCACCGAGGCCAAGCUCGUGUCGCGCGCCCGCCUGCUCGAGGUCGUCGACAAGGGCAACGCCGCCAUCGCCAAGAACGGGGUCACCACCGUCAUUGCCGACACGGGUGAGGAGGUCUUCUACAACGAGGUGACCGUCUUCCUGCGCGGCUGCGGCGGAUUCGGCGGCCAGAGCAAGCCCCGUGAUCGCGGCGCCAGCACGGCGCCGAACAAGCCGCCUUCGCGCCAGCCGGACGUUGUUGUUGAGGAGCGGACUAGCGAGGAACAGGCCGCCCUGUACCGACUGAGCGGUGAUUUCAACCCCCUCCACAUCGACCCCUCUUUCGCCAAGAUGGGCGGCUUCAAGGCACCCAUCCUCCACGGCCUGUGCACAUUCGGCUUCGCCGGUAAGGCCGUCUACGAGCGCUUCGGUGCGUUCCGGAACAUCAAGGUCCGCUUCGCCGGCACCGUCAUCCCGGGACAGACGCUCGUGACGGAGAUGUGGCGCGAGGGCAACAAGGUCAUCUUCCAGAUCAAGGUGAAGGAAACGGGCAAGCUUGCCAUUGGCGGUGCGGCGGCAGAGCUGGUUGAGGCGAACAAGGGGAAGAUCUGAGGCUCUCCUCAAGGCCUGCUGCAGUCUUGCUUGCGACUCGGGG